AUGGAGAACCUGGAUCAUGAGCUGAUGCAGCUGGACUCCAUCACUGAGACCUGCUGGUGUGGGAGCAGUAGGAAGCGAACAUUAGAAUCUGGGUCAGCGGAGCGGCGCUUAUGUAAGCUCUCUGUCCGGAGCCAAGGAGCCGGGGAGCCGCUGCUCCUCCGGGUCCGAGUGACGCUUCUCACCUGGAGCUGCCUCCCGGAGCUGGGUCUAUGUCCGGCCCAGAGACAGACGCAGUUCCCGGCUGUGUGCAGAGGAGCAGUCCUCCUCCAUCCUGUGGGCUCAGCUGACGUGGAGGAUGCAGAGGAGGAGCAGGUGGAGGUCGUCACCGACAGCUCCCCCUGCAGCGCCACCUGUGGCCUGGGGUUCAAAACCCAAACCCUGUGUUUGCUGAGAGCCAACCAGAGAGCGACGGAGGAGGAGCCAGGAAGUGAAGACGGGACGGAGGUGUCGGAGGUGUGUCGAGUGCACCAGGUGACGUGUCAGGAGUCGUGGCAGUGUGGCCUCCGGACGCUCACUGUGACCUCAGGACAGAGGCUGGAGGUCGACUGCCUGGGAGACGUGAUGAAGGCCAUGGGGUCGGUGUCAUGGAGGGUGUCGUGGCGUUUCGCUCGAGGAAUCAUCUCCUCUGACGACUCUCUGUUUGCUCGCUGGAAACCUCGUCAGCUGCACCGGCUGAUUCUGGACCCGGUCCGAGAGGAGGACGCAGGAACUUACCUGUGUGACGUGCAGGACGGCAGCUUCCGCAGAGUGAAGAGGGCUUACUGGGGCGUCCGGGUUCUGCCUGCUGGGAUCCUGGAUCUGGAUAACUGAGGAGCUGAGGCCCAGUGA